AUGGCUCGUGUCUCCAUCGCUCUGCCAAGACAUGGGGAGAAUGGAUGGGGGGUCGGCAGGCAGGGGAACACACUGUACACGAUUGAUUUUGGCCUCGCCAAGGAGUUUUCCGAUGCCGAGCGUCGCAAGAAUGUGGAGGGUCUCCCGCUGGGUGGCACCAGACGGUACGCAAGCAUCAACAACCACAACGGCCGUGAACAGUCUUGGGGGGACGACCUGGAGUCCAUUGGGUAUAUUUUCGGUCUAAAGGUUGGUACAGACGACGAGAAGGAUGCAAGGAUCAAGGAGAUGAAGGAGAGCCUGUCCACCGAGGCGCUCUGCGAUGGCUUUCUCCCUGGAGAAUUUGCCACGUACAUCAACUACAUCCGGGGCCUGGCUUUCGAUGAUAAGCCGGACUACUUGUACCUUCGCCGGCUUUUCUAUCGCCGGUUUCGAGCGGAGGGUUUCACAUAUGACCAUGUCUUCGACUGGACUGAGAAGUUGUUUAAGGAGAUGCAAAGCCAAGCAAAUCCCCCAGUGCCCUCUGACACGGAAGUCACAGAGACGCUAAAGGGAACAAUGUCGAAGAAAGGCCGACGACGGCGAGGUCGGGCAGCUUGA